AUUCCUCACUGCAUUAACUACCACAUUAUUCUCUUCUCUCUCAUUUUCUCUGUCUAUUGCUGUUAAGAAGCUGAUGGUUUUUCCUUGCUUUGGAUUUUGUAUGAUAUAACACAUCCUCUUUACACUUCUGUAUUGGAUUAAGGAGGGAGAGAGAAAUCAGAUAACGUUUCAAAGUCACCAAGAAACAACUGUAGAAGUUAAGAAAGUAAAGAUUUAGUAAACACUACUGUGCUGGUGGCUGGAAUAAUUACACAGAAAAAGUUGGUGGUUUGAAAGAAGAAGGAGAAGAAGAAAUGAAGUAUGUUUUGGUGACAGGGGGAGUAGUAAGUGGACUUGGGAAAGGAGUGACUGCUAGCAGUGUUGGCCUUCUUCUCAAAGCUUGUGGACUUCGAGUCACUUCCAUUAAAAUUGAUCCUUACCUAAACACCGAUGCCGGAACUAUGUCCCCAAUUGAGCAUGGUGAAGUGUUUGUGUUGGAUGAUGGUGGUGAGGUGGACUUGGACCUUGGAAACUAUGAAAGAUUUCUAGAUAUCAAGCUGACUCGUGAUAAUAAUAUUACUACUGGAAAGAUUUACCAGGAGGUUAUUGACAGAGAGAGAAAGGGAGAUUAUCUGGGAAAAACUGUCCAGGUUGUUCCUCACAUCACAGAUGCAAUCCAAGAGUGGAUCGAGCGUGUAGCCAAAAUUCCAGUCGAUGGAGAGUCAGGUGCAGCAGAUGUUUGUGUCAUAGAAUUGGGUGGAACUAUAGGUGAUAUUGAAUCCAUGCCUUUCAUUGAGGCAUUAGGACAGUUCUCAUAUCGCGUCGGUAGUAACAACUUUUGCUUGAUUCAUGUGAGCCUUGUGCCUGUUUUGCGUGUUGUUGGUGAGCAGAAAACAAAACCAACGCAGCACAGCGUUCGUGGACUGAGAUGUAUGGGUUUGACACCGCAUAUCAUUGCUUGUCGCAGCACAAUGGCACUAGAAGAGAACGUGAAGACUAAAGUCAGUCAAUUCUGCCAUGUACAGAAAGAGAACAUCAUCACUCUCUACGACGUUCCCAACAUCUGGCACAUUCCAUUACUUUUAAGAGAUCAGAAAGCUCAUGAAGCAAUCUUCAAAGUGCUCAACCUUCAAGGAUUAACAAAGGACCCUGAAUUGGAAGAGUGGACUUCUAGGGCUGAAAUUUGUGACAAGUUGCAUGAGCCGGUUCGCAUUUCCAUGGUCGGAAAGUAUACAAGCCUUGCAGAUGCCUACCUCUCUGUACAAAAGGCUCUUGUGCACGCUUCUGUUGCUUGCGGCAAGAAACUUUUCGUGGAUUGGGUUUCGGCUGAAGACCUUGAAGAAGCAACUGAAAAAGAGAAUCCUGAUGCCUACAAAGCUGCAUGGAAGUUAUUGAAGGGUGCAGAUGGUAUUCUUGUUCCCGGAGGGUUCGGUGACAGAGGAGUGCAAGGGAAAAUUCUUGCUGCAAAAUACGCCCGGGAAAAGAGAAUUCCUUUCCUUGGCAUUUGUCUAGGAAUGCAGGUUGCUGUGAUUGAGGUUGCACGGUCUGUUCUAGGUCUGAAAGAUGCUCAUAGUGCAGAAUUUGAUCCUGACACUAAAAAUCCCUGUGUUAUUUUCAUGCCUGAGGGCUCGAAAACACAUAUGGGAGGCACGAUGCGUGUUGGAUCCAGGAGAACAUAUUUUCAGUCUACAGACUGCAAAUCAGCUAAACUAUAUGGAAACAAACGCUUCAUUGAUGAGAGACAUCGGCACAGAUAUGAGGUUAAUCCUGAAAUGGUAGCACGCCUUGAAAAUUCCGGCCUCUCUUUUACGGGCAAGGAUGAAACUGGCCAACGCAUGGAGAUUGUUGAGCUGCGUAAUCAUCCAUAUUUCAUCGGUGUCCAGUUCCAUCCUGAAUUUAAAUCAAGACCAGGAAAACCUUCUGCUUUAUUCUUAGGGCUUAUAGCAGCAGCAUGUGGGCAGUUGGACAAUCUCUUGCAGGGCUCUGAGAGCAAAAGAAACGUCCCAAAUCUAGCUGCCAAUGACAUGCUGUCCCAAAGGAAUAUUGUCCCAAAUGGAGCAAGCAAGGACAUGUCCCAAAGGACUAGUGUUCCAAAUGGAGCAAGCAAUCAUAUGUUCAAAGCAGCAUGUGGGAGGAAUGUCCCAAAUGGAGCAGCAAAAGCAUACCAUAACGGAGCUGUAACAAAGUUUGCCAAUCGAGCACAAGACGGUGCAUACAGCAUUUUCAAUGGGAUGCACUUGUGAAGGCAGUUGAUGCCUCUACAAUAUUAACUAGUAGGAGAUAAUCUUUGGUUUGUGGUGUGGUUUAGGGGACGAUUAUUAUUAUUAUUAUUGCUAAUUAGCAGGGGUUUUAGGUGAUACAAUAUGAUAGGAUUGGUUUGUACAGUCUUUUGGUAUAUGGUUAGAUAUAUAGCCAUCCAAAGACACAAACGGUAGAAAGAACGGAGGAGAGAGCCGAGUCCUGUGGUGUUUUUUGAAAAGCAGGUUUCAGCUUGUCAAAGUCUUAUGUGCUGCACUCGGAAUUGUGCAGGGGAUUUGUUGCCCCUUCUUCACCCCCCAUGCAGCUCCCUACCCUUUGUUUUUGUCUUGAUUUUAAUGCAGUAAUAACUAUAUUAUAUAUGCAUUGGCUCAAUAUGGUUAGAUGUA